GUAUCCGUUACUUUUUUUAGAAAUGGCGGCGCGCAGUGUGGAGUGCGCUCGCUCGCACGUUUUGUCGCGAACAUCGCAAGUUUUGGCAGUAGGAGCUGACUGCCUUUCUAUCCGCUGGCUGCGCACUCAAAGGGGAAGGGUGGUCCCCCUAGGAGCUCUGGCCCAGGAGCACGUGACCCCGGAGGAACCCCAUGGGGCCAAGCCGCAAGAGCAGGAAAGGGCCGUUGUCGCCCCCCGCCAACAGAAGCGGGUGUACAAGGUUGACCAAGAGAACAAGUAUGACAGGCUUGCCUACUCGGUGACACCUCUCUGGAAGCAUCCAUACCGGAAGCAGUUGAUGUUCAAGUACCAGGACCUGACGGUGGUCCUGCAGAAGCUGGGGCGCAAGCUCUCUGCCGCAGGGGUGGACUUCCCGGCUGACCCCAAGGGCCUUCCCUGUCCCCUCAGGCCGGUGGUUCCCUCCCCCGUGCUGGAGGGCUACCGCAACAAGGACGAAUUCUCCAUCCGGGAGGGUCCCUCUGGGGAGCCCAAGGUUGUGGGCUUUCUGGUGGGGAGCCCCACAGGUGAGGGCAAGGCGGUGUGCGUCAGCCCCGAUCACGUCAUCAUAUGCAAGGAGAGUCACAAGAGGGUUGCCAGGGCUUUCCAGCGCUACAUCCAGAGGUCGCCUCUUGCUGGCUGCUACGAGACCAACUUCCAGGGCCACUGGAAAAACGUCGUGGUGCGCUCCAAUAGCAGGGACGACGUCAUGGCCAUCGUGGUGAUGCACCCCCAGCAGCUGACUCAGGAACAACUGAUAGCUGAAAAGCAGGGUCUGGUGGAUUACUUCGUUCACGGGGAGGGAAAGGACUGCAACCUUGCUUCUCUGUACUUCCAGGCAUGCCCCCACACAAGGUGCAGCCACGAGCAGGCCCCCUUUGAGCUGCUGCAUGGGCCGCCGCACCUCCAGGAGGAGAUGGGGGACCUCAGGUUUCGCCUUUCGCCAGAGUCCUUCUUCCAGGUGAACAGUGCGGUGGCGGGCUUCAUGUACGACGCAGUGCGGCAGAUGCUGGACUGCAACCAACAUUCCACCCUCCUGGACAUCUGCUGUGGCACCGGCACCAUUGGUUUGACGAUGGCCCGGGGGAUCCACUCGGUGUUUGGCAUGGAUGCGAGCUCCCAGGCGGUGGAGGAUGCAAGCCACAACGCACAGCUCAACGGCAUCACCAAUGCCAGGUUCGUGGCUGGACGUGCGGAGCACCUGGUCCCCAACAUGCGGAAUGAGUUUUUUGCCGAGGAGCUGUGUGCAGUUGUCAACCCUGGACGUGGGGGACUGAGCAGCAAAGCGAUCCGGGCGAUGCGAGACUACAAGCAGAUCAAAAGGCUGGUCUACAUCUCCUGCAAGCCCGAGGGGGUCGCCCAGGACAACUUCGUGCAGCUCUGCCGCUCGACUGGCCGGUCGCGGCUUCUGGGACCUCCAUUCCGGCCGCUGCUGGCAUGCCCCGUGGACAUGUUCCCACAGACGCGGCACUGCGAGCUCAUCAUGCUGUUUGGCCGAUCGUGACCGGCCUCGCUUUCCCACUUGAAGCCCUCAACGUUGCUGCGACUAUGUUACCACCACUUGCUGGUGCUUAGAUAAGGCGCCCCUCGAAGAAGUGGAACCAGUCACCCGCAAGCACCGCCCGCUAGUCUCCCAAGUGAUUGAGCCGGGGCUGGUGCAGAGCAUCGCCCCUUUUUGUCUGCAAGGAAAGCAGUGGCGUUUGUGGACAUUAGUUCCUUUUUGCAUUGCCCUGUGUCUGCGUUUGUCAUAUUUUGAUUUUGAUUUGAAAUUUAGACAGUUUCAUAAAGAAACUACGGAAAGAUUUUAAUAUUCUAUUGUUAAAACAAAUGAUGUUGUCUGGCAUUGCAGAAACGAGGGAGGCUUGAGGGCAAUUUAUGUUUUCCCGAACACGGUUCAUAGAAGCUGCAGAUGUGGAAACGGACUGCUCUGGCUUGCGUUUUUGGAUGUUGGGAGCUCGCGACGAGGCAAACUGAGUGGAUCUGUGGGAUAUUGACGAGCGUGAAUGUGGGGAGUUUGCAGAGAGAAUGGGGGGCUCGAAAUGUGCAAAGGGAACUUUGAAGACCCAAUAGGCCUGUAGUUUUUGAAGAUUUUAGCAGCAUCCCUAGAGGGCAAAGUCCGAUACUUUUGAGCUGCUGUUCAGUUGCGCAUCACCACGCUCGCCAUUGUCGAUACAAAUUUUUGAAAUAAAAGAAGGAAAAAACUUUCGAAAAUCAUUAUAGCACUUUGAUAUGACGUGGAAGGUUUGCCAGUUCCACCGUUUUUCUGCUAAUAUCCGAGAUUUUUUUAGUUUUUUUCAAACCCCCCGUAAGUGUGCGUAGACAGACUGGCAGAUUGAAUAAACUUGUUUGCGCAAACACAAGACAAACACGAAAGAGUGGACAGGGACAAGUGCUGCUAAGAAUGACAGACGCCGUGGACCGUGCAUGAUGAACCACCGGGACGUCGCUGUAUGUCAGCAUUAAUGGUCACGCCUCGUUCAUGCUAGCAGAAGCUACAGCCCCCUGGCGAAAAUAAAUAGGCCCAUAAGUAAAGAUACGAGUCGAGCACUUGGGCAGGGAUGUUCUUUGCGGCCUUUACGAUUCGCAGAGUGGAGGCCAGAGAAGAGCAGUGUCGGCCUUGAUCCCUCGUGCUGCAGACGUGGCCAAAAGAUAAAAAAAAAUUGUGGUGGCUUAGCUUGGCUAUGCCAGGAUAUACGUAGCGUGAGCUUAUGCGCACAAAAUGAGCUCCGGUGCAGCGUCAGACUUGGCUACUGAGCAACAGAGGCACACAGCUGGCCAUGCGGCGGCGCCGGUGCGUCUGCCGCGGCUAUGGCCUCACUCCUCUGGAAUGCGCAGACCAGCGAGGUGCGUGUGGUGGUGGCGGAGCACGCGGCGGCGGCUUCGGCGCGCCGGCUGUGCGCUGUGCGACGUCACUGUUCCUCGCGCAUGCGCAGAUCGGCGAGGCACGCGUGGCGGCAGCAGAGCGUGCUGCUGCGGCGGCGGCUCUGGCGCGCCAGCAGUGCGCUGUGUGACGUCACUGCUCCUCGCGCUUGCACAGCACGGCUCUUCGACAGCCACGCAAAACUGCUAAACCUCGGCCACCGUAGCUCACGCUACAAACCAGUUACUAUCGUACUGAUGUACGCCAGCAAUAUGUAGUGCUACUGGCGGAUAGCAGGCUAUUUCCAGGAAUUAGUCAAGAUCUGUGAUGCAGGAGACAUGUUAGAUCUGGAAUAUAGUAGUGAUAAACUGGCAACCAUGAGUUAUAACAAUGACUGAAGAGCUAAUACAAGAACCCACGUUUGAGUCAGUAUAUUAUAGAGUGCCUCGGUGAUUAUGAAAACUGUAACUGACAAAGGCGACAGGAAUGUGGACGUAAUAAUCGUCACUGGAACUCCCAGGAAGCAGUUAUGCAGUGUCAAGAGAUUGAGAAAGAGAUCAUGCUGCCUGGUCCAAUUUGGAAAUGUAGCCCUAUUAUUUUAAUGCGGACAAAGCAUGAUAGAUGUGGGGCAUAUCUACGUGAACUGAAGGCGUAACACAAGUGAAUGGGACACACAGAACAUACCUCGAC